AUGGACCAAUACAUGGCAUUAAAACGACUUACAGAAAGCAGAAGAAGAUGGUUAUGUCCGUCAAAGGUACGGAAAUAUUCACGGGUACACCCAGGCCAGCUUCAUUCGCAUGAUCGCUCUUCGGCUGAGAGAGAGCGCUCAAUGCUCACUCACGUUGCUCACGUGAUAUCAAAGACGUCGUCGACAACGUAUCCAGCUUUUCAAUUUUCAAUGCGAAACGUUUCGGAGCCAGAUCGGAUGAAUUGA